GUUGCAAUACUUCCAGAUCUGUACGACGUCUACAUGUGACGAAAACAAUUUUACUAUCGUAUUGCACGUGACUAAGAUCUGAUUUUUUAGUUCUUGUCACGUGAUAUCGAUAUCUCGUUUAGCUCGGAAAGUAUAUAGACCGAAAAUCGCGGCGCACAGGAGACUAACAGCAGUAGUUUUCGUUUCAAUAGUUAUAUUUUAUUUAUAUACACCUACUGACUAUAGUUAUUAACUAAAGGAAGAUAUAUUUUUUACUUUUAUAAUUCAUUCGAAUAAAUUAUGAUCAACAGCCCACGCGAACAACAGGUGCAGGAUGAACCGGUAGAUCAUCCGAAAAUAUUAUCGACUUUCAACAUCCGAAAUCCGUCGUACAUGGGAGUAAUCGAAAACAGUGAAAUAGAAAUCGAUAAGAGAAACGGAAUAUAUGAUGUGCCCCAACAAACAGAAAACGUUUACGUGCAUUUGUCGAGUAAGCCUAUUAGCCAAAUGCUAGAAAACUGGAAUCAAGAAGACCGCGCGGCGGUGAUGUAUCAGCAAAAUGCAAUGAAAACCGAAUUGAAAUCACCUACAGAUUGUUGCGGUAGGUCUACGCGAUAUUUCACCGAUCAUUAUUAUCCGCACUCUCCAACCAACUUCAGAAGCCUGGCCACCAGAAACCUAUACUAUGAUUAUUACGAUCCACCUGCAAUGGUGACGCACAAGAAAGACCCAGACGCCAAGUUCUAUUACGGACAGGACGCAAACGACAACGCCACAAGAUACCCAACACAAGGUGGUUCACCGCUAUUUUUGAGCACGUCCGACGUGUUCAACUACCAUCACUCGACGCACAUGCACAUACAACCACCUCCUCAUCCACCCCCACACUCGCCGCCGCCUCCACCACCGCCAUCGACGAUAACCAUUAGCAAGGAUCAUCAGGAUGGAGAUGUCUCAGAUUUAAAGACGGUCACAUCUUUAGGCCACGACGGUAGUGGAGGAGGGUACGCCGGAGUCGCUGCGCCACCGCAACCCCAGCGCAGGGGUGCGUUGCAGUUGUGGCAGUUUCUGGUCACGUUGCUGGACGACCCAAACAACGCGUCAUGUAUCGUUUGGACCGGAAGGGGCAUGGAAUUUAAGCUGGUCGAACCGGAAGAGGURGCUAGACGAUGGGGAUUACAGAAGAACAGGCCGGCAAUGAACUAUGACAAAUUGAGCAGGUCGCUCAGGUAUUAUUACGAAAAAGGGAUCAUGCAAAAAGUGGCUGGAGAACGGUACGUUUACAAAUUUGUUUGCGACCCCGAGGCGCUCUUCAACAUGGCGGCCACGUACGAUUACGCUGCAGUAUCCGAUACGUCCGGUGGGCACGGUGGCGUCACUACCUCGACCGCGGGCCAUCACCAUCAUCUGCACCAUCGCCAUCACCACCAUCAUCACCAGCAGCUGGCCUCCAGGUACGCCGCUGCCGCUGCCGCAGCCGCCGCUGCUGCUGCGGCCGCCGCUACCGCCGCGGCAAACAUGCACACUGCAGGCGGUGCAGCUCCGCUGGUGUACGGUGGUGGUCCGCCUCCAACGGUUGGAUCUGACGUCAACGGUGGUGGCUCUUACGCUUGCACUUACGGUGAUGGCGGUGACGGGGGAGAUAAGUCCGUCACGGUCGUUACCAYCACGACUGCAGCGUCGACGAACGCGACAGCUACUCCCCCCACGUCAUCACCGUCACUGUCGUCGUCCACGUCGUCUUCGUCGUCCACGUCAUCAAUGGCCGACGGCGGUGCCGUCAAGACCGAAGCCGGCAGGGACUGUAAGUCAACGGUGGCGGUGGCCAGUAGACGUCAUCACCAUCACCAACUCCAAAGACCAGAAAUGGCGGUCGACCGACACCUACACCAACACCAUCUUCAACACCAUCAACAGCACCACCACCAUCAACUACAACAGCAGCAGCAGCAGCAACAACAACAACAACAACAACAACAACAAUUACAGCAUCAACGUCACGAAGAAGAAAUGACCAUCGAUCAUCGCCAUCACCAACAUAAUCAUCCCGCAAUGGUGAUCGACACAGCCACCACCACAACGGUCGGUGAUGAACCUGGUUAUUGGUCAGCUGGCGUUUUCGUCCGAUAAUAUACUUACAUAAUAUUUAUUUUAUAGUGGGGCCGUAAGUUUAGUUGUUUAGUAAGUAUACAUCGAUACGUAUGUUGACUGUUUUAAUAUUGUUAUAGAUUGUACCUCGUCCGAUGUCUCACGACUUAUUUUGAGUACUUCAAUAGUUUGAUGUUGUACAUCUAAAAACGACCAAUUAAUAUAAUAUAAGUAUGUAUAAUGACUAAUACGAUUUCUAAUCAUUUUGGGGAGAAACCUCGGAUUAUUAUARAUGCAAGGAUUGCAAGGCCCCGAGGGRCCCUAAUUGUCUAAAUUUUAAAAAUGGAUUUAUCACAUAAUAUAACUAAACGAUUAGAUCGUUAUUACAAACAGAUAUUUGAUGACAAUUAGAUAAAGUUUUUGAAUUGGUAACAAUUGGCGUGUUUUGUGAAAGUAUAUCGAUCAUUCCAAGUGACAUAUUUUCCGAAUCCCCAUUUCUCGACUUUUCGUACUUAAUUAAACUAUGUAUUAAUAAAUAAAUAUUUAUAUUAUAUACAAUAUAUACCGUCCUACGAGAGAAAACGCYGAUUCUGCGCAUCCCUACGUAACACCCUAUACCGUCGAAACCGCAUCCACUAUGUCGGGCGUGGUCGCGUGGAUGCGCAAAACCUGAUUUUCGUCGGGCCGAGGCGCGUGUUCUCUAGAUGGACAAAAUAAAGUUUCUAUUUUAAUUUUAUAAUAGGAGCCUCAAGUAUAAUAAUUUGCUUGAAUCAAGAAAUAUUCUAAUCAAGAAAGGAUAAAAUCUAUUAUCCAUACUAUAUAUUUCAACUUCAUGUUUUUCAACAAAUAGA